UCUUUUAUAUAUAUGAACCUUCCUCCAUAGUUCUCUGCAGUUCUUCAAAAUAAAAGAAAACCGGUUUUUCUUCUAUAGUAGUAUUACUCUCCUCUCUUUUUUUUACAUUCCAAAACCCUACAACAAAACUAGGACGUUAUAUAGGAAAAGCUAGCCAUGGCAAAAGUGGGGAAGUUAAUGAAGCUGAAGUCUGCAAUAAAAAGAUGGCCAUCCUUAGCGAAGCUGACCCGUAGCAGCAGUGCCAUAGCGGCUGCAGAAUCCGAAGACAAGUCAAUACCAAAUGGUCUUCAUGCAGUCUACGUUGGAAUGUCGCGGCGGAGAUACCUGGUAGGGUCUGAGAUCAUCUGCCAUCCUCUGUUAAAAGAGCUUAUUGAUAGGUCCUCUGGUGGCGAUAAUGGUAUUGAUAAUGGUGAAGUUGUGGUUUCUUGCGAGGUUGUUUUGUUUGAACACUUGCUUUGGAUGCUUGAGAAUGAUGGAGCUCAGUUGGGCUCCAUGGAAGAGCUGGUUGAGUUCUACACUUGCUAACAGAAGGGAAUAAAAAAAAAAAGGCUAAAGCCUUGUCCAAGUUGUAAAAAGAUAAGAAAAAAGGAAGAG